AAUAUUAUACUAUUAACUGACCACAAACCGAAUGCAAAAAAAAAUCUAUAGUUAUUAUGUUAAUGCAUAAUUUGAUUUUUGAUUUCUCAUGUUUAGUUUCCUUGUCCUUUAAUGCUCAAAGUAUAAUUUUUAUCUGCUUACAUCCUUAUAAAUUACGCUAGAAUUCGAAUUUAUUUCUGUAUUUGGUAUUUAUAUUAUAAAAGAUUUCCUCAUAGCUUGUAUUACAUUAGAAAGAGUAGGAUUACAGGUAAAUACUAAUUUUUAUACAUAUCUUUUUAUUUUUCUAGUCAAUUUUAAUCCGCAUAUUUAGAAAGUUUUUUUAAAUUGAAUUGAAAAGUGCUUUUUUCUGUUUCAAAAAUUUGUAAGACUCUGUAUUGUUGGUGAAGUUAUAAUUUACUCUUUUUUUUUUUUAUCUUACCUUGAGAUUAUUUUAAUUAUUUAACUGAUGUUUCCAAAAAUAUUCUAUAAAUUGCUCUCGUCAUUGUAGCGUUCUUUAAAAAAAAAACCAUGUGUAUUCUUUUUAUUUUUUAGUUCAAUUACAGUUGCCUCAACACAAGUCUAUUACAAUGCGCUUACACGUGCUUCAAAAUAUACUCUUAUUAACAGUUUUGGUUUACAGUGUCUUUUCUUUCAAAUGCUCAUUCGAUUCUUCUUGUGAUUGUAUCUUAAACACAUCAACAAAUCUAAUAUCAGCAAAAUGUUCCAAUAGAGGUCUGUUGACUCUUCCGUAUUUUUGCAAUGCAUCACACAGUCUGGGUUCAUUUGACGGAAGCUACAACAAAAUCGAACGUAUACCAAACUAUAUUUUUGGAAAUGCUAAAAACUUAACGUGCCUGGAUUUGUCUCAUAACAGUAUAUCUUUUUUAUUUCCGGAAUCCUUUCAAGGACUUGAAGAAUUAGUUACUCUAAAUCUCGAGUCGAAUAACUUAAAGUAUGAUAUUGAUAUGAUUCCUUCAAACUGUUUCAAAAAUACUCCUCAGCUAAGAUACCUUAACUUAAAAACUAACGUAGGUUAUUAUUCAUCUGCUCAAAAGUAUCCAAACUUGUCAUCACUCUCAGAACUUAAUAUUCUCAAAUUAGAUGGCUUGCCACAUGACAGUUUUCCACGAGGAUUGAAAACACUCAGCAAACUUUCAUACUUGGAUUUGUCGAGUAAAGACUGUGACAUUGGAAUCAUUCAGUCGAAGUUUUUCCAGUACACACCACAUCUUCGGUAUAUAGAUAUAUCACACUGUCAAGUGAAAAAGGUUUGGAAAAAUACCUUCAGUGGUUUGAAAAAUCUAACACAUCUUAACGUUUCCUACAACGAGAACUUGGAAUUUGAUGGCAUUGGAAAUAUAACUUAUGAUUUACAGUUUACAUCCAUUGAGGUACUGAAAUUCAACAAAGUACAUGAAACAUUUGCAAUGAAUUCAGAAAUACGUCGCCAUACAUUGAAAUAUCUUCAGCAUACAAAUUUAAGAGAGCUGCACAUGGAUAGUAAUAGAUUACAAAAUGUUAAAACAGGGGUAGUUUCAAAAUUGCCAAAAUCACUAGAUAGGCUGUCAAUGGCCGAUAAUAUGCUCUCGUUUGGGAAAUAUAUUUUGGAAGGAAAAAACAUGAACAUUUCUUUUCUAAACGUGUCAUUUCAGUUUACUUCACAUAAGCCUACAUUUGGAUCCACCGACAGAUAUGAAUCGCACCUUAAAGCUAAACGUAUAAAAAGAGCAUUUGGAGUGAAUUUUCCACUUCCGUUCCCAAAGAAUCUACGAGAAGUUCACGUGAAGGGAAGUCAAUUACAAUUCGAUAUCCCUAGGUUAGAACUAAUGGAAAAUAAGUUAGAAUAUUUUGAUGCAAGUCUGAACCUACUUUCACGCUGGCGCGGACCAACAGUGAACUUCUUACACCUAAAAUUUUUGAACUUAUCCAGUAAUUAUUGCUCUAAAAUUUCAUCAUAUUUUUUUGAAGGAACUGCAAAACUGGAAAAACUUUAUAUACAGAAUAAUUUGUUAGGUUUCAGCAUUCCAUAUGAUGUUAAAGGUGAAAUUUUCAAGCCCCUUCGACGAUUAAAUACUAUUGACUUAUCACAAAACAGAAUACCUGAAUUACCGCCUUUGUUUUUCAUAUUUCUUGAACGACUCGAAAUCUUGAAUUUACAUGACAAUCUCAUUGAAGAUAUUGACUUCAAAUUAGUUCAAAUGAAAAACUUAUCUCAUUUUGACUUAUCAAAAAAUCUUAUCCAAUAUUUGGGAACUUCAGCGAUUUUUCAUUUGGAAUCCGUGUCUGAGGAUCACAGACUCUUCUUGAAUUUGAGCGGAAACCCAUUUGUUUGUUCGUGUGCUACAUUGGAAUUCCUAAAAUGGAUAUCGGAAACAAAAAUUGAUUUACUUGAUCGAAGCAAAUAUGAAUGUAAGUACGAAAACGGAUCAAAAUCUUCACUUGCAAACGUAAAUGAUGUGUUCAACAAAUUACAAAAAGAAUGUUCUUCGUAUCCCGGAGUCAUUAUAGGAAUAACCGGGGCAAUAUUUUUGUCUGUUUCAAUUAUUCUAUUUGGACUAUUCUACAAAUAUCGAUGGAACCUGCGCUAUUUGUAUUAUAUAACUAAAAAUAGAUUCCGUGGAUAUAUUCCUGUAAUAGAGAAUUCAAGCAAAUCUUACAUUUACGACGCAUUCAUAUCUUAUGCAGAACACGACGGCAAUUUUGUUCACCACGAUGCUAUUGAUAAUCUAGAAAAAGGAGGCAACCUAAAGCUAUGUGUACACAGACGCGAUUUCCUUCCAGGAAACGAAAUUUCCGCAAAUAUAACGAGUGCUAUCCAUAACAGCCGUAAAACAGUUAUCAUUCUGACACGCCAUUACUUAAAUUCUCAGUGGUGCAUGUUUGAAUUCAAUAUGGCAAGAAUGGAAAGUAUGUACUCGCGAGAAACUGAAAAUACGCUGUUUUUGGUUUUUCUGACAAAAAUGAUCCCAAAAGAGCUACCUUUAGUUAUGAUGGAGUACAUUGAUUCUAACUCUUAUAUAGAAUAUCCUUGUGACGAAUAUGGAAAUGUUGUAUUCUGGCGAAAAAUGAUAGAGGCUCUUCGUGCCUGAUUUGAUGGUAUCAUAUAUAUUAUUUAUUGCGACAUUAUUUUAUAUAUUCAGUUACUUUGAGACUUUGUUCAUCUUUCCUUUGGGCUACAACAGUAGAAGUGGAAAGCGAAUUUCAAAUGAUCGCAAUACGAUUUAAGAAAAUUUUUUUUUAAUCUGUUAUAGUAUAAUGCUUUUUCUAUUUAUAGUUGUGACUUCUGAUUUACAAGUUGCUCAGUUCAAACCAACCGGUGGUAUUAGAUAUAUCUUUACUUUCGAACGAAUUGUUUGUCAUAUAAAAACACAUAUGCUACAAUAUCUUAAAUUAAAUAUAAUCACCAAAUUGUUGAUCCAUAUUCUAAAAUUGGACGCACAAUAUAUUAGUGUGAUUUGACUGUAAGUGUUGCUCUCCACCUAUUGCAAUUUAUUCAAAAUUCUGACCAAAUUGCAAUUUGUUUCAUCAAACCAAACUGUUCAAGUGGUCAGAUAUUUUGACUAACUGCUGUAGAAAACCACAGUCAAGUCGUGAAAGUGCAAACUGAUUUAAUAAGGCAUACUUACAAUCCUAUUAGACUUUAAUUCCACUUUAUUUAUAUUAUGUAAAUGAAAUGCGGGAUUUCUAUAUAUUAUUUUCAUUGUAAUUGUCAUUGUCAUUCGAAAGGUGAUAGGUAAUAAUUUUUGAAUUGCUAUAAAAAUGUCCAAACUAAGCUUUCAUACAAGUUUUCUUUGAAAAAGUCUUCUAUAUUCAUAAGAGUCAGACAUCAGUUUGAAUUAAAUCGUGUUAUAUUCAGCAAAAUAUAUAUGAAAUUACAAUACAUUAUUAAUAAAUUUUAAUGGGAGAUAAUCUAAAAUCAUUGAUCUUUUGAAAUAUUGAUCUUAUCACCCUUUAAAACUUCAAAAGAACAUAUUUAAGUUUAAAGUAUAUUUCACCAAGUAUUCUAGAGAUUAAUUUAAAGAAAGCUUUGAAGUAUGCAUAGAAAAAACACCAUUUUAAAUGAAAUAAUUGCAGAACUUAAAUUAAGACAUUUUUUUUUGGCAAUUCAAAAAUAACUACCUUUCGAAUGACAAUUACAAUCAUCCUAUGGAUAGAAAUUCUGAGAUUCAUAAUCAUAAUAUCAUUGAAGUAGAGUUAAAGUCUAAUAGGAUUGUAAGUAUGCUUUUGUUUAUCACCUUGCACUUUCACGACUUGACUUGUUUUCUACAGCAGUUCGUUAAAAUUUCUGACCAGUUGAACAGUUUGGUUUGAUAAAACAAAUUGCAAUUUGGUCCGAAUUUUGAAUAAAUUGUAAUAGGUGGAGAGAGCAAAACUUACAGUCAAGUCAUAGUAAUACAAAAUCGUUACUUUCUCAGACGUUUAAUUUUGUAAAACAUCUCCUUGUCAAAACUUGCCAAAAAAAUAAUAAAAACCAUAUACUAUUGAUGUGUUUCAUUGAAACGUAAUAACCAGAUUUUAGACCAAGCAGAUAGAGUUUGUAAUUCCUCUUUAAGUCUCUGACAAUCAUCAGGGUUUAUAAUUUCAUGAUGAAGUUUAUAUCAUCCGCAAAACGUUCAGCAGUAGAGCUAACUCAAUUUAGUUGAUAAUCAAAGCUAUUAAAAUAUCAUGAAGCUCUUUUAUUAUUAUGAUUUGUUAUUAGAGGAAGAAAAUAAGACAUCAGAUUAAUCUUUCGUUUUACAAAAAUCUUAUGUUAGUUAUCGUGGGUUUGUAAAAGUCUACUUUUUCUACAUAAGGAAAUGCCUGUACCAAGUCAGGAAUAUGUCAGGAAUGAUUUUCAUUCGUUUGAUGUG